ACAUGUUAUUCGCUACCAAUGUUCUGUCCAAACGGGGCUGUUAAGGUCCGUGAAAGGAUUUUCACGCGAAGGCACAGAACUCAACACCGGAAGUAGUUUGUUGUUGUUGUUGUUCUUAGCGUGUGGACACGGUUUCUCAUGAACUAACGUUUCGUUCAGUAAAGCCCAAUAUUGUCCCCCCCCCCCCCCCCCGCAUCUUACGUGUGCAUUGAUAAGGUGAGCGCGCUGUGACCAAUUCCGCCAGUAUAUUGGGGUAAAUUGGUGGCGCAUUUAAGCGUAAAUCGAUUCUUAGUGACCGACGUAGACCGCAUACCGACAUCACGUGCCUUAGAUCUCUGCACACCUGUCACCAUGUCCGCCAUCUGUCGAUGCGCUCGGUUCAGUCGCGUUUCCACCUUAAAGACUAAUUGGAUGCAGGUGAUGACAUUCGGGUGCAACGCUCAUCCGCUACAGAGGAGGACACCUGACGUCCUCCGCAGGGUCCGAAACGCGACUCACCUAAGUGACGUCACCAUGGCCUGUAAGUCAAGGGACCUGUCAAGUUCAUCUGAGAGUGGAGCAGCUCGAGUGAAGAGGGUUUCUAUCGAGGGCAACAUCGCUGUGGGAAAGUCGACCUUUGCGAGACUCAUGCAGUCAGCCUGCAGGGACUGGGAGCUGGUGGCAGAACCUGUCAGCAAGUGGCAGAACAUUGAAAGCGGGACCUCGAAGGGGACAGACGCGUCCCCCCAGUCGACGGUCAGCAACCUUCUGCAGAUGAUGUACCAGGACCCUGAGCGCUGGUCGUACACAUUUCAGACCUAUUCCUGCAUGAGCCGUCUGAGGACGCAGCUGCAGCCUCCUCCGGCGCGCCUACUGCGCUCAGAGGGGACACCUGUCCAGGUGUAUGAGCGCUCCAUCUACAGCGACAGAUACAUCUUUGCCCUGAACAUGUUCGAGCUGGGUUGUAUCAACUCGACAGAGUGGGCAGUCUACCAGGACUGGCACUCCCUCCUGGUGGAACAGUUUGGACACCAGGUGGAGCUGGAGGGCAUUAUCUACCUCAGAGCUCCACCAAAGAGAUGUAUGGAGCGUCUGAGGUGCCGGGGAAGGGCGGAAGAGACCGGCGUGAAACUGGAGUAUCUGGAUAAGCUGCAUGUUCAACACGAGAGGUGGCUUGUUGAGAAGAGCACUGAAUUACAUUUCGAGAAGUUAAAACGGAUACCUGUGUUGGAGCUGGAUGCCAGUGAGGAGUUUCAGAGCGACCCAGAGGUGCAGGAGGAAUUCAUAAGAAAGAUGAAAAACUUCUUCAAAGCUUUAUAAGAAGACGUCCCCAGUGGGAAACGUAUGACAGCAGUCAGGCCUCCGUACGUCAUAGGGGAAAUCUAAAAUAGUAUUGAAGGUUCUCUCUCUUUUGGUAUUUUGCAGCAUUACACAAAACACAUUUAUUUGUUACAUUUUAUUCUGCUUUUGUUGUUUGCAUGUGAGUGUUUUGAGAUUCAGUGGGAAGUUAGAGUGAGUUUUUACACUGUUCUAUCUAGACUAAGUCUGUGCUGUCACUUCUUCAGCACAUUUUUAACACAAUAUUGACUGACAAUUGAAAAGUAUUGUAAAUUUCUUGUCUGUUAGCAAAUAAAAAUCUAUUGUUUUCUAGCAAUGCAUUUUCCAUUGUCUCAUCAAUUAAAUAACAUAUUUUAUUCCUAUGUUCUAUAUGUGUGAAAUUGUUACUUUUGUCAUUGUCACUAAGCAGAGACGUCCUAACGGCUCUGCAGCAUUAAAGGUGUUAUUUGGGAA